AUGGUAACCGAGCCAUGUGGUGGAGCCGAUGCAGAAGCCGCCACCGUGAAAGUAGACGAUGACAGGGAGUUUUUGUUGUUGUUGUUGUUGUUGUUUUGGUUGACUGACUGGGUCGGAGGGAGAAAAGAUUCGAGCGAGGGUUGCCGAUGGGUCGACAGUCUUAGGGUUAAAGCGUUUGACCGUGCCAUCGGAGAAGACUUGAAGGAAGCCCGGUGCCUCGGUAGAAAAGAAAUGACAAAGAUAAUAAAUUGUGAAAGCGUGAAAACGCGGAGUUUAGGGAGCGUGGGUAAGGUAUUGUCUUCAAUUGGCCGUUACCCGCAAGUUAAUCUGAAUUUAUUGAUUGUUGUCAAUUGCAUUUACCGGAAAGUGGGAGUCCGAUUUAACGUUCUGUUCUUCUCCUGCAGAUAUUCAGCUUCAACAUUUUUUCCCACUCAUUCAAAUUAA